CUAGUUCUGCAAUCUUCUUACUUUUUGCUCUUCCAGUUGCACAUUUGUAUUGUUGUUUUGUUAUCUGCGGAAGGGAAAGAGUGUUUAUAGCCAUUUUCCGUUUCCCCUUUCUUCUGCAAUGCUCCCUUGACGCCACUCUUUCAUGUCUCACCCCGCUAAGCGCUCUGCCACCACCGCCAGCUCCUCCUCCUCUUCCUCCUCCUCCUCCUCCGGCGGCGCCGCCACCACCAACAUCAACACCAGCUCCAGCUCCCCCUUCUACCCCACCAUGAAGAAGGCUAAGUCCCAGGCCGCCGUCGCCUGCUCCUUCGACCCCAACAAGAACGGCCUCCACCAUCAGCCCCCCAACUUCGAUCCCAGUAACGACGUAGUCUUCGAGCCCGACGGCCCCAAGCCCGACGAGGCCGCGGCUGGCCGGAGCGUCGCCGCCAACCUCUCCCGCAAGAAGGCCAUCCCACCGCAGCCCGCUAAGAAGCUCGUUAUCAAGCUCGUCAAAGCUAAGCCGACGCUGCCUGCAAAUUUUGAGAAUGACACAUGGGCAAAGCUUAAGGCAGCCAUUAAUGCUAUAUUUUUGAAGCAACCAGUUUCUGUCGACAUGGAAAGACUCUAUCAGGCGGUCAAUGACCUCUGUCUGCACAAGUUGGGGGGUAAUCUUUAUCAACGGAUCGAAAAGGAGUGUGAAGCUCAUAUAUCAGCAGCUCUACGGUCUCUGGUUGGUCAAAGCCCAGAUUUGGCCGUUUUUUUGUCACUUGUUGAGAGAUGCUGGCAGGAUCUUUGCGAUCAGAUGUUAAUGAUCCGUGGCAUAGCCUUGUAUCUGGAUAGGACAUAUGUGAAGCAGACACCAAAUGUUCGCUCAUUAUGGGACAUGGGGCUGCAGCUUUUCCGAAAGCAUCUCUCUUUGUCCUCUGAAGUCGAGCACAAAACUGUCACUGGCCUUCUGAGGAUGAUUGAAAGGGAAAGGUUAGGUGAGACAGUUGAUCGCACUCUCCUUAAUCAUCUUCUUAAGAUGUUUACAGCGCUUGGGAUUUACUCAGAAAGCUUUGAGAAGCCUUUCCUUGAGUGCACAUCUGAAUUUUAUGGUGCUGAAGGGAUGAAAUACAUGCAACAAUCGGAUGUUCCAGAUUAUCUGAAGCAUGUGGAGGUGAGGUUGCAUGAGGAACAUGAGAGGUGCUUGCUUUACCUAGACGCAAGUACCAGGAAGCCUCUGAUUGCAACAACAGAAAAACAGCUCCUCGAACGCCAUAUCCCAGCUAUUCUUGAUAAGGGUUUUACAAUGCUAAUGGAUGGGAACCGUAUUGAAGACCUUCAGAGAAUGUAUCAACUUUUCUCAAGGGUCAAUGCUCUUGAAUCACUGAGACAGGCUCUUAGUUCAUAUAUACGGAGAACAGGGCAAGGUAUCAUCAUGGAUGAAGAGAAAGACAAAGAUAUGGUGCCAUCCCUUUUGGACUUUAAGUCUGCGCUGGAUAAAAUAUGGGAGGAAAGUUUUGCAAAGAAUGAAGCAUUUUCAAAUACCAUUAAGGAUUCGUUUGAACAUCUAAUUAAUCUUCGUCAGAACCGACCUGCUGAGUUGAUCGCAAAAUUUCUGGAUGAAAAGCUUCGUGCUGGUAACAAAGGGACAUCGGAAGAGGAAUUGGAGAGUACACUUGACAGAGUGUUGGUUCUGUUCAGGUUUAUCCAGGGCAAAGAUGUAUUUGAGGCAUUCUAUAAGAAGGAUCUUGCAAAGAGGCUAUUGUUGGGAAAGAGUGCUUCUAUUGAUGCCGAGAAGUCCAUGAUCACCAAGCUCAAAACCGAGUGUGGCAGUCAGUUUACGAACAAACUUGAAGGGAUGUUCAAGGAUAUUGAACUAUCAAAGGAGAUAAAUGAGUCCUUCAAACAAUCAUCACAGGCCAGGACAAAACUCCCGUCAGGGAUCGAGAUGAGUGUUCAUGUUUUGACCACUGGUUAUUGGCCCACUUAUCCGCCGAUGGAUGUGAGACUUCCUCAUGAAUUGAAUGUCUACCAGGACAUUUUCAAGGAGUUCUACCUAAGCAAGUACAGUGGGAGACGAUUAAUGUGGCAAAAUUCAUUAGGUCACUGUGUGUUGAAAGCUGAUUUCCCAAAAGGCAAAAAGGAGCUCGCAGUUUCCCUAUUUCAGACUGUGGUGUUGAUGCUGUUCAAUGAUGCUCAGAAGCUUAGCUUUCAAGAUAUCAAGGACUCCACAGGUAUCGAGGACAAGGAACUGAGGAGAACUUUGCAGUCCCUUGCAUGUGGAAAAGUGAGGGUCCUCCAAAAGGUGCCAAAAGGCAGGGAUGUGGAGGACGGUGAUUAUUUUGAGUUUAAUGAAGCUUUCAGUGCUCCUCUUUAUCGAAUAAAGGUUAAUGCCAUUCAGAUGAAGGAAACUGUUGAGGAGAACACGAGCACUACUGAGAGAGUGUUCCAGGACCGCCAAUAUCAGGUUGAUGCUGCCAUUGUUCGGAUCAUGAAGACGCGUAAAGUGCUGAGUCACACCCUUCUCAUCACCGAACUAUUUCAACAGCUGAAGUUCCCGAUAAAGCCGGCUGAUCUGAAGAAGAGGAUAGAGAGCCUGAUCGACAGGGAGUACCUGGAGCGGGACAAGAACAACCCGCAAAUAUACAACUACCUUGCGUAAAACCAAUGUCAUGUUACUGUAAAAAAAGAAGACAGAACAUUUCGAAGGGAAUUUAGGAAAACAAUUCCUCCUUGGGCAGUCUUUAAGAAUGUCUAUGAUUUUCUGUUUACUUGAUCCUACUUUCCUCAGUUUAAUGUACAGUAAAGAAGUCCAUAGUUGUCGCCAUUUUGAGUUUCGGUUCGUAUUUUGCACUGACUGGACUUUGUAAUAGCGAGGAAGCAUAUUUUCUCUCACCUAGGAGAUAGAUGGCUCUUCUCAGAUCCAUGGAUACCACAUUUGCUGAGUCGUCUCAUCGGACAAUUUCCGACCCAAGGCCUUGCUUGUUACGUCGCAAAGGAGCAAAGUGCAGUGAGAUUACGAUAUUA